AAGGCCUUUAAAAAUUUUCAGAGUUGUAGACUACUUCUGUCAAAGGCUUUGGUUGCAUUGUAUGCGAUUUGAUGCAAAUCUCGACUACUAGGACGAACUGUAAGAGAUUUACAAGGAACUUUUGGUUUCAUUACAAGAGCUUCUCAGCCGCAGCAAAUGCUCCAACGGAGGAAAAUCUUGUUUGGGUGGGCACCAGUGCCACGGCAAAAGUUUCAUAUUUACAUGCCCUCCUGCAGUUUUGUGCAAGAGAGAGAUUACCCAUGGAGGGAAAAGCAUGCCAUGCACAGAUUCUCCAUAUUGGGUUACAGAAUAACGCUUUAACGUCAAAUAUUUUGACGAACUUGUAUUCAAAAUGUAGUCUUAUUGAGUGGGCUCGCACGGUGUUUGACAAAAUGCCUGAGAGAACAUUGGUUUCAUGGAAUACAAUGAUUGGUUCGUAUGCCCAAAAUGGGCAGGAGGAAGAAGCUUUAGGUCUAUUCGUGGAGAUGCAAAGAGUAGGUGAUGGACUUAGUGAAUUCACACUCUCGAGUGUUCUUUGCGCUUGUGCGGCAAAAUGUGAUGUCUUGGAGUGUAAACAAUUGCAUUGUUUUUCCAUUAAGGCUGCAAUGGAUUCCGAUAUUUUUGUGGGGACUGCAUUGCUUGAUCUUUAUGCCAAAUGUGGUUUGGUGAAUUGUGCAACUCAGAUAUUUGAUUGCAUGCCAGAGAGGAAUGCGGUCACAUGGAGUUCCAUGGUGGCAGGGUAUGUGCAAAAUGAGCUUUAUGAGGAGGCUUUGUUGUUGUUCCACAAGGGUCAGAUGAUUGGGCUGGAAUAUAGCCAGUUUACAAUAUCGUCUGUUAUUUCUGCCUGUGCAGGCCUGGCAGCCAUGAUUCAAGGGACUCAGGUUCAUGGUGUUGUGUGUAAAACUGGAUUUGGUUCUAAUAACUUUGUUGCUUCCUCUCUUAUAGAAAUGUAUGCUAGAUGUGGCUGUGUUAGAGACUCGUAUGUUUGUUUUUCUUGUGUAGAAGGGAAGAACAUUGUUCUUUGGAAUUCAAUAAUCUCUGGGUUUGCUAAACAUGCUUGCUCCAUUGAGGCAAUGGUUUUAUUUGAAAAAAUGCAGCAGACGGGUAUGCGCCCAGAUGAAGUGACAUACCUUUCUGUGUUAACUGCAUGUAGCCAUAUGGGUUUGGUUGAAAAGGGAUGGAGAUAUUUUGACCUCAUGAUUAGAGAGCACCAUUUGCCACCCAAUGUCCUCCACUACUCAUGCAUGGUUGAUAUCCUUGGUCGGGCAGGAUUGAUUCGGGAAGCUUAUGAAUUAAUUGAGAAAAUGCCAUUUGAUGCCACUACUUCGACUUGGGGGUCACUUCUUGCCUCUUCUAGGAAUUAUGGGAAUGUGGAGUUUGCUGAGAUUGCAGCCAAGCAUUUAUUUGAGAUGGAACCUAAUAAUGCUGGAAACCAUGUUUUGCUUUCAAACACGUAUGCAGCAAAUAAAAAAUGGGACGAAGUUGUAAGAGCAAGGAAGCUGCUGAAAGAAAGUGAGGCAAUGAAAGACAAGGGCAUGAGCUGGAUAGAAAUCAAAGACAAUGUUCACACAUUUAUCGUUGGAGGGAGAAACCACCCUAGAAUUGCUGAUAUUUAUCUAGAGCUCGAUAGAUUGUUGGAUGAUAUGAAGAAACUGGGGCAUCAAACUGAGAUCGCUUAUGACCUUCAUCAUGUGGAAGAUACUAGAAAGCAAGAACUUUUGAGGCAUCAUAGUGAGAAGCUAGCUCUUACUUUUGGGCUUAUGUGCUUGCCUCCUGGUGUGCCAAUCAGAAUAAUGAAGAAUCUAAGGAUAUGUGGAGAUUGCCACACUUUUAUGAAGCUUGCUUCAAAAAUCACAGGGAGGGAAAUAAUUGUUCGGGAUGUUAACCGGUUUCACCAUUUUAAGAGUGGAUGUUGUUCUUGUAGGGAGUUUUGGUGAAUUUUUUUUUGGUCUGCCAUGAACACAGUGCUGGU